CUCGGUCGUCUUUUUUGGCAUAAAUUAACCGAACGCAGGAUCACAUCUGUGACCUGUGCUGGAGAACAUUCGGGCCGAGUCGUUGACCUCGCCUCGGCACGCUGGCUGUGCUCGGCAGUGACUAUGUAUUUACCUCGACGGACAAAAAUCACUCUUGCAAUCUGCACUUUGUCUUAGUGAUUUCACCAGUUCUCCACAUUGUCUUCCUUAUUCUAUCAUCUUUCCCAUUAAAUCGAACAUGACACCGGUACAAGUCACCGCCGAACGACUGGCGACGAUUCCGAUCGGGAACUGCAUCCAGUGUCUUGGAUCACACCCAAAUCAUACGCUUGAACGCAAGUUCGAAGCUCUGCAGAAAGGAGGAUGGAAGCAUACCGAGUUCUCGUUUGCGGAAUACUUCAAAUGGGUCAGGCAGAAGGAGCCUAACUCCGUGCCCAACGUCGAUCCCGAAACCUAUGGAGACGCCGAGGCCGAAGCUGGGGAAGAAGAGGCGUGGGAGGCGCUUUAUCGGCACGCACCCGAGGCCAAGGCUUUGGCCACCAAGCACGGGGUGAAAAUGUGGUCCUUGCAAUGCCUUGGACAAGUUGACAGCUGGCCAGCGGGGAGCAAGAGGGAGAUCCGAGGGCGGGAGAAAGCUGUUCACUGGCUGGAAUUGUGUUCCCGCUUAGGCCUCGAGUUCUGCCAGAUCGGUGUGAACGAUCAAUACGAUGCAGUCGCGCCUUUCGAGAAGACCGUGCAGGAUCUAGUUUGGAUUGCCGACCAAGCGGCAGCACGGGGUGUCAAAGUCGCCUACGAAUCCUGGAAUUUUGCGCCGAAGAAUAACCAGUGGGAGGCAACAUGGGCAAUUGUGCAGGCGGCGAACCAUCCCAGCCUCGGUUUGUGUAUCGACACUGCUCAAUGUGCGUUGGCGCCCGCUUACGGCUUCGACCCUACUUCUGGACGUGGAUUCACCCCGGUGGCAGUGCAAGCAUUACUUGAGCGUCUUGCUUCAGUGCCCGGUGACAAGAUCUUUUUUGUGGAAAUCUCAGACGUCCUCGCGCCCCAACCUGCUCUUCUCUGCGGUAGCCCCUUCGAUCAGUGGCAUCUCGACCAAGGGCCCGGUUACCGAACCGGAUUCACGUGGUGUCGAUGUGCAAGGGUCAUCCCCCACAUUGGGAGGGGAACGGGCAAACUAGUGCAGGGUGAAAAGGGUCUCGGAGCCGGUAGGACUGCCGAGAUUGUCAAAGCCAUUCUAAGCACAGGUUUCAACGGCCCGAUGUUCUACGAGUGUUUCGAGGUGGCGGAGCAGGAAAAGCCUGACCUUUCAAUCCCUGACGAACUUGUACAAGCUUCAGUCUUGUCAUGGGAGCGCAUGAGCAAGGCGAUUCUCAGUUGAUGUACUCAAUAAUUAAAGGAAUCAAAUGCAUUCAUCAAUCACAUG